AUGGCAGCAGUCGCCCCGCCGGCGCAACCGCCGCAGACGACGGCCGUCCAGCUCCCCGCGGCCCAGAAUCCGCAGCUUCCCAAUGCCAACCCUCAAACGACCUCUGCAGCUGCAAACCCAGCGAACCCAGCGAACCCAGCAAAGCCUGUCGAGACGACAAAAGAGCCCGCCAAACCUGAGCAGCCAGAUGCGAAGACGGACACGAAGACUGCGGCCCUGCCAGGUCUGAAGACGGAGACAAAGGCGUCGUCCUCGUCCUCGCCCUCGUCGUCGCCCCCGUCGUCGGCGGCAAAGGCAGAUGCGAAGGAUAAGGACAAGGAUCUGAAGACGUCCACAACAGAUGCGAAGACGCAGAGCGCGAGCCCGACUCUGAGCGCCACCGAGCUCGCCACCACGGUGCUGGAUGUCGCGGGCCAGCCGACGGUGCAGAAGCAGGCGCAGUGUGAGUACCUUGCCUCCCUUUCUAUCUUGGAUGCGAGAAGCGUUGUCGAGAGGAGCUUUCAUGUGCCAAGCGAUUGCAUGAAACUGGUCAAGGACAAGGGCCGGAAGAUGCGUGCAGCUGAAGGGGCUCAUCCAGCUGACACUCGCAGACAUCACGAUCUUUCCGUCCGACUUUCCCGUCGAGAAGUGGGAGCCCAAGUCGGCCAAGUCGGUCGGGAAGGGGUAUCUCUUCUUCGAGAACCAGCUGGGAGACAACAUGGUGCUCUUCGCGGUCGUCCUCGCCAUCAUGGCCGUCUUCAUGGCCCUCCUGCUCCUUAUCACGGGCUGGCAAUCACGGAAGGAGGACAGCUACCUCCCCGUCGAGGCGAGAUGGACCGACGGCCCGGACCGGCUCAAGAAGCCCGUACCGAGGGAGUUACUCCUGCAGCCGGGCCGCAGUCCGCCGCGCGGUCCACCCAUGAACGCAAACCGCCCCCUUCCUGGACGACCAGGCCCAAGUGGACCGGCCCGCCGACCGCCCCCGCCGCCGAUGUACGCCGUGGACCGUGA